GUUAGGUAUCAGUGUGGUAUAGUUUCUCAGCUUCCCGAACGACCGUGAGCCAUGGACGAUUUUAUGCAGAUCGUGGUCGCCCUGGUGACCGGGUACGUGUUGUGGACUGUCGUUACUGCCCUGUGGAGAUACAACGCCCUCUGUCGGACGCUGAAGAAAUUCGCCCAAGCAGGUCCUGCCCAUUGGUUUUGGGGACACAUGAAGAACGAUUUUAUGACGGAUAUGAGGCCGCUGUUUAACUCACCUAACGCAGUGCUUUGGCAGAAGACUCGUAACACUAAAUGGACCAUAUUCUGGACAAGCUUUGUACCGUUAAUCCAAGCCAACCAUCCCGACAGUGCAAAAGCCGUGUUAAAACUGUCUGACCCCAAACCAAGAGGGAGGGGUCAGAUAUAUAGCGUUUUGAAUCAAUUCUUGGGUGACGGAUUGGUUACAAGCAACGGGGGGAAAUGGCAAAGAAAUCGGAAGUUGCUCACUCCAGCUUUUCAUUUUGAUGUGUUGCGUCCAUAUAUUAGAAUAUACAACGAAGCGACUGAUAUUGUGCUGGAAAAGUUUGCCAGACAAAUGAAAGAAACUCCGAAAAGUACAGACAUCCUGUCCGUUCUGAACCUAGCAACACUAGAUGUGAUACUCAGAUGUGCUCUGUCUUACGAGGGUAACGUCCAGAGACAGGAGAAGCACCCUUAUGCCACAGCAAUACAAAGGAUAGGAUUUCUUCAUACACAGAGAAUGACGUAUCCAUGGCAGUACCUAUCCUGGACACUCUAUAUGAUGUCUGCUGACGGAAAAGAGUAUAAAAGACACCUGGAUUACAUUCACGGAUUCGCCGACGAUCUGAUAGCCAGACGAAAGAAAGCGUUAGAAGACGAACCGUCUUUACUGGAGGGCAAACCGAGACUUGAUUUUCUGGACAUUCUAAUGACAGCUAAAGACGACUCCGGAGCCGGAUUGACGGACAAAGAAAUCCGGGAUGAGGUUGAUACGUUCAUGUUUGCCGGCCACGACACCACCUUUGCAGCGCUAACCUGGGCACUGUAUAACCUUGGAAAGUAUCCGGAGGAGCAGGACAAAGUGUACCGCGAGGUGUGUGACGUCACUGGAGACCGGACGUUCAUACAAUGGGAGGAUCUCGGAAAACUACAGAAACUUACACUGUUUAUGAAGGAGAAUAUGAGGAUGUAUCCGCCGGUGAUGUUUUCUACUAAACAACUCAGUAAACCAUUAGAACUAGACGGUGUGUCCUUCCCGACCGGAACUUCUCUGACCGUCAGCUUUCUUAAUCUACACCACCAUCCAGAUGUCUAUCCUGACCACACUGUGUUUCGACCUGAACGUUUUCUGCCCGAGAACUCCAAAGAAAGAGAUCCUUACGCUUUCUUACCGUUCUCUGCUGGUCCAAGAAAUUGUAUUGGACAAAACUUUUCUAUGAAUGAACAGAAAGUGCUUUUGUCAAGAAUAGUUAAAAGAUUCAAGUUGGUGUUGGACGAAGAUCACGAAGUCAUUCCAGUGCCUGAAUCGACAUACAGACCAAAGACUGGCAUCAAAAUUCGAUUUGAGGAGAGAGAAAGUCAUCGUAAUCUUAUUUGAGUGAAAAGCAUUACAUUAAUAUCAAAAGGACCAUUUGCAUGAAACCCGGCCUCAGAAAAGAACAAUCCCCAAAAAUGUGAUUUUUGUGAGAAGAAAGAAAAUUUUAGUAGGGAGUUAAUGCCACCGUGGGAUAAAAAAAAUAAUA